UGUUCUUAUCUCCAAUUCGAACUACAUUUCUCUUUCUUUUUUCCAACCUACCAGAAUACUCUGCAGCUAUUCCGGGAUUCCCUGCUUCAUACGCUGCUAUUUUAAGACUCAAAUCAUCUUACUCCUCCUCUGCCAUUAACUCAAAGAACAGGCAACGGCCAAGUUACCCUGCCAUGGGAAGCAUCUUCUCUCCGGAUUGGCAUGGGUCACCGCAACCCUAUCACCCACCAACAAACCCCGAGCAGUUCCCAGAGGCCUUCAAACAUGAGGAGGGUGUCGAUUAUGGGCCGGUGUUUAUACAAGAACCUGACCAUGUGAUUUUCCCCAUGGAUUCAGAUGAGAAGAAAGUAUCCCUCAGCUGUCAAGCCAGAGGAAAUCCUGCCCCAACCUACAGGUGGCUCCGGAAUGGAACUGAGAUAGACAUAGAAACUGAUUACCGCUACAGUGUGAUAGAAGGAAGCCUUAUCAUCAACAAUCCCAGUGAAAUAAAAGAUGCUGGGCAGUAUCAGUGUUUUAGUACCAAUGUCUUUGGUAGCAUUUUGAGCAGGGAAGCAACACUACAAUUUGCAUAUCUGGGGAAUUUCAGUGGACGAACAAGAAGUGCCGUCUCCGUGAGAGAAGGUCAAGGUGUGGUACUAAUGUGCUCUCCUCCACUUCACUCCCCAGAGAUCAUCUAUAGCUGGGUAUUUAAUGCGUUCCCUUCUUUUGUGGCAGAAGAUAGCAGGCGUUUCAUCUCUCAGGAAACAGGCAACCUCUAUAUAUCCAAGGUACAACCGUCUGACGUUGGGAGUUAUAUCUGCCUCGUGAAGAACACAGUGACAAAUGCCAGGGUGCUCAGUCCCCCAACUCCAUUAACACUUCGAACUGAUGGUGUGAUGGGGGAAUAUGAACCGAAAAUUGAAGUCCAUUUUCCAUACACAGUUACAGCUGCUAAGGGAUCCACUGUUAAGAUGGAAUGCUUUGCAUUGGGCAACCCAGUUCCAACAAUCUCGUGGAGGAAAGUUAAUGGCCCCAAUCCGAGCAAAGCCCGCCUGCGGAAGUCCCAAGCAGUGCUCGAAAUCCCGAAUGUGCAGCUGGAAGAUGCAGGGACAUAUGAAUGCAAAGCUGAAAACUCCCGGGGAAGGAAUGUCUUCCGAGGACAGUUGCAAGUAUACACAUAUCCACAUUGGACAGAGAGGCUGAACGAUACCCAGUUAGACAGCGGGGAUCAACUUCGGUGGGAAUGCAGAGCUUCUGGAAAGCCCAGGCCAACUUACCGCUGGCUCAGAAAUGGGAUCCCUCUGUGGCCAGAG